AUGUUCGAAGCAACGUGGACAGGUUUACAACCGAUUUUCGACAAGUUAAAAAACAAUCCGUCAAGAAUUACAACGAUUAUUUUCAUAUCUGAUUCUCCAGUUUAUCAGUUUCGCAACAAAACCACCUUCUUUUUCUUAAAACAAUAUGCUGCAACUAAUCAAACUACGAUGAAAUGGAUUUAUUUGGAGGCAGGUCACGGUAAGGGAGUGGCGGAUGCAUCGGGUGCCACGAUUAAACGAUUGAUGGAUCAAACUGUGGCAUUUCAUCCUGACGAGUCUUACAGAAACGCAACUGAUUUGAUCAAUGAAGUCAAGAAGAAGACCAAUAUAAAGCUUUUCACAUAUUCACGAGAAGAAAUCGAUUCUUUGAAGAAAAAUAUACCUUCUUUAACAGCUAUCAAGGGUGCGGCAUCGCUUCACGAAGUCACAGUCAAACCAGAUGGUGCAGUAUAUGGCAAAGACACUUCUUUUGGUACAGAGCGACUGCUGGAACUCAACUUUUGA